AUGGCGAACUCGUCGACGCAAAUCCCGUGGUCUCUUCUCAUUCCGCAUGAGAAUAGCACCGAGGACCUACGAACCAUUUUCGCCCCUACCUGGACCGAUUCGCCAAACGUCCGCGGUAGUCUCGAUAUCAUACAAAGCUGCGUGCUCACGCUCGUUGCGUGUAUCUACACCGCGUUGCAUCUAGACGUCCCCAUCAAGACCUCUUCACGAUUUAUCUUCCUUCAAAAGCUAAAAUGGGUCGCCCUGACCCUUUUUGCGCCUGAAAUUGCUUUAUUCAUGGCGGCAUAUCAACUACGGCAAGCAUGGAAUCUCAAAUCUAGACUCCUUAAGAUACGUCGCAAGAAUCGGCGAGAAGACUUUGAGCUUGGGCGGCGAGGGGGAUCAGAUGCGAACUUUGAAAUCGAUCUUCGAUAUGCCUUCUUUAUCAUUAUGGGAGGUCUACACUUUGACGUUGAUGAAAUCAUGUCAGAGAGCGACAUGGACACCGAUUGGCGGGAACAUUUCACGCGGAGACCAUUCACCGCUCGCCCAAGCACCCAGACUAUUAUCUGGCUUGCUGAACGGGGGCACUGGAUCAAGAUUCAAAAGAAGGACAUUGACGACAAAAGCAAAGCCGAUAUUCUCCAGAAGUGCUUGGUGGUCAUCCAAGUUCUCUGGAUGGUGAUACAGUGUAUUUCUAGGAAGAUCACCAACCUUCCCUUGACAUUGUUAGAGGUCCACACCAUGGUUCACGUGGUGUGUGCAGUACUUUUCUAUGUUUGCUGGUUCAAGAAACCUCUCAACGUCCAAGAGCCUCUUGUGGUAAAGAUGGGCGAUUUCGAGGGCGAGAUAGCCUUGAAAGUCCAACAACAGUUUUACUCGUGGGCCUGCUAUCACAUGGCACUCUUCGAGGCUCCAAGGAGUGAUUACCAAGAACCUCCGCUGGGGCUGGACGGCAAACCUAUGAAAUGGAUUAUGCCCGAACUAGGGUCGAAGAUGUAUUAUGGCAACAUUCUACCAUCCGGCGUCGCCCUGUAUGGACACGGUACCCGACAUUAUGGCAACGGCAUGCAGCAGCCUAUCCCUGAUCACUUUUCAACAUAUUACUAUGACAAUUCGAACCGGCAAUCUUCGGAAUUCCUGCGCAGAAAUUCUUCUGACUCUUUGGAUGGAUCUCUUUUGGCUCCUUUCAUCGACCGUGGUCAUAUCGAGAUAUCAGAGGAGUUUAUUCGUCGGUGGGAUUCGAUCUUCAGAACCUUCGCCUUCGAGAAACGCCGCGAGUUGGCUAUAACGGCCCCAAAGGUCCAGCUAAGCGACGUCGACGAACCCAUGAGGAUACCGGGUGUCCUCCCGAGUGACGGGCCACCCCUACCACUCUAUCUUUCUCGCUUGGACGAGUUCGUACCCCAAAAUGACACCGACACUUUUAGUGAACUUCCAUUCACCAAUCGGGGAGGAAAUCUGGACUUCAAGACCCUGAAGGAUGAGGAGAAGUCCUAUGGAUUUUAUCUAUUAUUCUGCGCCCGACUCUUCACCCUCUUGAACACGCCCUGGGUACCCUUCUCAGCCAUGGUCAUGUCGGCCAUAUACGGGGGAGUGCAUCUCUCAGCAUGGAACUGGAUGUUCCCAACAAGUGCAGAAAAACUCGCUUGGAAGAUCAGUUGCUUGACUGUUGCGUGCGCGUUGCCCGUAUUUUUCUUUGGCAUCGGCGUCGCUCUCUUCAUCACAUUUGAAGUGUAUUCGACCAAUACCAAGGAUGUCCUGGCAUCGAGGUAUUUUAAGAUGAGUCUUGGCAUCUUUGGGAUGCUUGUUGUGGCAUCUUGUGGUGCAAGGGUUUUUAUAAUUGUCGAGUCCUUUAUGAGUAUCAGGAAGGUUCCUAUAGGGGUAUUUAUAUCGCCCACCUGGAUCCAGAUGGUUCCUCAUUUUUGA